GAUACAAUUGUAAGUCCAUAUGUUACAAACAUGAACGACGUACUUUGCUGUAUAUAUAGCAAAGCAUAACGUACAAAACAUUAAUGUGUGGUUAGUAGUGAGUGCGUCGUCUGCAUGAGUUCUUUAGUUUAACUUAAAAACUAGCAGGUUGAAUUAAUUAAAAAUGACAUUAAGUCUGUUAUUCAUUACGUUUCUGAGUAAUGUGAUUGUUCGGUCCGCACCAGUGCCAGAAUUAGAUAAAUUCAACAAUGUCUCUUCAACCGAGCCGAUAGCUACUACUAAUUCUGCGACAUCUGGCGUUUCGAGUGUAUCUGUUCAUGAAGGAAACAUCACUAAUAUUCUUAAGAAUUUGAAUGUUGAACCUAGCGUCAUUCUUAACCAGACCCUGGAUACUGCACAGGAUACAAUAAAGAAUGUUUUUAGUACAGCUACACAGAUACUAUACAAGGCAGAUUAGUUACCUCUUUGAAUCAUGCGGGAGGUGCCAUUAAAACAACUGUUAAUGAACAGGGGAAAACCAUAGGUGAUUCUGUGGGAUCUCUGAUUGGAACUGGAACACAAUUUGCAGAGACAUCAGUGAACCUAUUCACUUCUUUUCCAAAAAUGGGUUUUCGAGUUUUGAGCUCCUUUGGCCGCUGAGGAUGUCAUUAGGAGGAGCAAUGAAUAUUGCGAGAUAUACAGGGUGUUCAAUCUAACGAGUCGAAUAAGAUUGUGACUUCGCAUGAGGGAAAUGUCUCCCGUGUUUUCUUCGUAUUCGGGAGAUUUUCAUUCAUUCAAAAAGUGGGAAAUAUGACUGAACUCCCACCCUCAUCGAUUAGUACCGAAUAAUAUGGACGUGAGUUCAGCUAAGUAAAGCCUCAACCCUAUUCGACUCAAAAAAGUCUCCGUACAUCAAGCAUGAACAUUUUUAGACAUGUAUAAUUUUUAAAAUAUAGCAGAUAAUAAAAUAUGUAUAUACUAUUUUGAAUUCUCUAUGUACAACAAUGAAAUGCAUAACAAGUUA